UGACCGGGCGCGCCGAGAGGGACAAAAUGGCCGAGGGCGGGCGGGCCCCGCCGCGACGCCUCUGCCCCGCCGCCAGCGUGGCGGGGACGGCCCCCUGCGGCACGGCGGGCUCGGGCUGGGGAGCCCGGAUCCUCCGGGAUCCUCCGGGAUCCUCGCCCUCCAGCCGCCCCGCGAUCCGCUCCCGGGCGCGCGGCCUCCCAGCGCUGCCCCCGAGCCUGCUCGUAACCCGCCGCCUCCGCCUCCCGGUGCAGUCGCAGCCCCGCGUCCCGCUGGCCGGGUCCCUCGUUAAACGCGGGCGCGGCCGCGGGAGUCGCGGGGUGAAGCCGGAGCCGCUCGGUGCUCGGGCGGCGUGCUGGCGGCCUGCGGCGGGUGCCCUCGGGGAGCCGCCUGGCCGCUAAUACCGCACGCUUGCUGAGCCUCACGUUGGUAACGAAAUCUGAGCUGCAGAUGUACCUAUAGCUGUUCCUCCUUUAGUGAAUCGGGCUUUGAUUUUUUUUUUUUUUUAAACUCCUACCAUAACGAUAAAGUGCAGUGCAGGGGUCGUUACUGUGUUUUGUCCUUCUCAGCAUCAGCCUGUAGCUUUUUAGCUUGUUGCAGCAUCAGAGGGAGGUGUGGAGGUGGCAGGAAGUUGAGAAUCUAAACCUUCACUAGAGCGCUCAAAAAUAUUAAAUGCUAAUUUACUAAAAUAUCAAAUAACAAUCCUGAGAGAAAUUGUUAUGCCUUGUAGUAUUUUUAUUUGGUGAAUGUGGCGCUUUCUUCUUCAGAUUCACUCUGCUAAGCCUCAGAAUGUGAGUGGUACUGCUUCAAGGAAGUUAGGCUAGAAAAAUUUGGUCUCCUGGAAGCUGAAAAUGCUAGGUGGAAUUGAACACCGAAAGACUGCCAUUGAAGAAUUACAGACCUGUUCUGCCCCAGUGAAUCUCAUUUUCAUUGAUACCGCUUUUAAGAGCGACAUGAAGAUCUGUUUUCAGUGAAGGGAGCAUUCCUUCUCGUGCUCAAGAUGGAUUCCUGCAUGUUAAUUUAAAAAGUUGAUCUAAUUUCUGUCGUGUGAGUCAGGCUGAAAACCUGCUUAAAAUGCUAGCCUAACUUUGGUAAAGCUUCUCAGGCUAACCCGCAUUGUAUUCGCAAUGAGGAUGAAUGCAAAUGUUAAAACCGUUAUUGUAAAGUCUUCUAGAAACAUCAUUUUGUAGGGGAUGAUAGGACAGCAGUUGUCCUCAUAAUCUUCUCUAUUUUUAUCUUUCGUGCACUUUUUUUUUUAAGUCAUGGGUGGACAAUUUUCACCAUGAACAAGGCUUAAAAUAAGCUGCAUCUGCUUGUUUAGAAGAAUGUUAUUUCUCUGUAACUGAACUUUUGUGAUUCAUAAAUAGGUAAGUUGUAUACAGCAUACUUGUGCUUGUAAGACUAAAAGGUAGGACUGUUUAGCUACAAGCCUUCUAUUUCAGACUAAUCGGGAGUGGCUUUUUGAAUAUUAUUACCGGUGUUGUAUAUGAUUAUUUUUUGCCUAGUUAAGGCGUAUAUUUUACUGAGUCAAUGGCUUUCUACUUCAAGCUGGAAGCACUAAAGUCUCCGCUUUGCAGAGUAGGAACACUGCUUGGGUAAAUAAUCUAGGAUAUGACUUUACAACUGUCUGUUAAGCUGUUCCAGGUCCAUGCUGCCAACAAGAAUUGUGCUCCUGAAAGUGUGUUCCUGCUUUCUCCCUUGUACUGCUGUUUGUGUAGUCAGUCAGUCAGAUCUGGGAACUGAAUCAGCUGAAUUUUUUUCUGAUUCCCUUUCCAGCUGAGUUGGUUUGCAGACUUGACUUGAUGAUGUAGCCACAAGUCCUAAUGUCAGCACUGGGGAUGAAGAAGAAAUACCAGGUGCUAUCCCAAGUAAUGGGAUGUCCCAUUUUGGAGGCAACAUAAACUUAUGCCAUGAAGUCAGUUUAAGGUUAAAAAAAAAAAAAAAAUCCUGGUCAAAUUAUUUUUCAACUUAUGCAUCAUGGUGAGAUUAAACUCUAGAAACUUUUUUAAAAGUGAAGAAACAAUAAAUUAUCCAGUGCUACCAAUACUUCAAAUAAUGGAUUUUUGACAGUGCGCUGAAGGAAAUGGCCACUUUUUACAGACACUUUUGUUUUCAUUCAUCACAGUUGUGCUCACUGAAACGUGUGUAAUUCAGGCAUGGACAGGUUGGAAAGAAGGGUGGCUGAAGGAAAGUCUGUCUUCUCUGAGUAUUUGCAAGCUGCAGCUAGCCAGUCUCGUCCUGUGAAUGCGUUAGUAAUAGCAGUCAUUACUUGGUAUCUGCCUAUCGGAAAGUAUUUAAUACAGUAGUCUUUUUUUUUUUUUGGUCAGAAGCACUUGAAUGUUACAAAUACUCAUUUUAUAGGUCUACUUGCAGUACUUGGUCAGCAUUUUUGGAAGUACAGCCUCUAGUAAUAAAUUGUGGCCUAAGGAAGCAACGUGGGCAGGUUUGGAACAGCCUGAUUGGUAGCUUGGUGCCACCAAAAGGGCAGGUCCUUCUCCGUGUGCCUCCUUCGUCAGCUGACACUGGAUCUCACCUCUUGGUGGCCGAUUCAGUACCCUGAGCAGUCGGAAAACUGCUUGCUUUUUGCAGAGGGGUUGUUUUCCUGGCAGCUCAGCGUACCCAGCCGCUCACCGGGUCGGCAUGGGAGGAAGCCAGGCUUGGCGCCGAGGGUCUGUUAGAUCAGCUCUGUUUUCCAGAACACCCUCCUGUCUUUUUUUGGUGGAGCUUGGAAACUGUUCACUAAAUCAAAACAUUUAGGCAUUGCUUAGAGUUUUUUGGGGGCAGAUAAUAGUUACUGAAUGGCACAUCCCUGAAUUUACCUUGCAUUAGUACUGCUUCUUGUUUAUAAAUCGGCUUUAACAGGGGCCUCGGCAGAACACUGGUGUUUCUUGUUCUGCGGGCUGCUGCCAAAAGGGCUUGCUCUGCUUUCCAUCUGCGACACGGAUCCCCAGCCCCCAGCAGCGAUCUGGUGAUCGUGUGCUUCGCGGUGAGAGGCAGAAGCUGUUAUUUUUUUUGUUGGAUCAGCUGCUAGAUUCAGUACUAGCAAGGUCGAACGAGUGUUGAGUUAGCCCCCUUGCACGUGGGAUAAAUCUGCAGUCACGUUAGAUAAUGCAUAAUGGGGGGCUCUGCCUUUUGGAAAACAAGUGGAAAUUGCUCAAUCCCUAUAAACUUAGCUUAAAUCAUACUAAUAAUUGUAUUUGACUGUAUUUUAAGUUGUGAAAUAACUGAAAUCUGUAACUUGCAUUCCCAUGAGGUUAAGUUGGAUUGCAGAAAUACCCGAAAAAACCCAAACCCGUGGAACUCACUUACGUACCUUACAGCUCCUCCUGCCCAUGGAAAUUAUCUCCUGUCCCCAAAAUCAUUCUGCUGUUGUGGCUUUCCAUGCUUAGAGGUUACUGUAACCUGUCUUUACGGAUGUGCUCAGAGGUGUUAAAAUAUCUUCCGUGCAGCAUUACAGACUGUUCUUAAUUUGCCUAAAGUAUGGAAAGAAUAAUUUGGAAACCACAACCCUGGACUUCAGGGCUUCCCCCUGAAUUCCAGUAACGCCUGAUGACUGGGAAGAGCUGCAGGUGAAGAUCAAGGGGUCUGGUGGUGGUUAAAAUCUGCACUUCAAAAAGUCAAGCUUAGAAACACCGGCUAUUUAAUGGUUAAUGUUGAAGAAGGAAAAUGCGGAAGUCGCCAUUUGACAAGUUUUAUAAAUGAGAAUUAUUUGAAGCUCAGGAAUAAGUGAAGCUGAAAUUUGAAAAAAAAGAAAGUGAAUGCAUGCUAAUUAUCAGACCAGAAGUCCCACUUGGUAGAAUAUUGAGCAAUUUGUGUGAAGUGGGGAAGAUGAAAGAAGUCAGAAUUUGAAACGGAAGAAUGAAGAAAAGGAAUAAAAAUGAAGUUAAGAUAAGAAGUAAUCUGGAAUCUGAAAGCACUACGCUAAGAAUCCCGUUCUGCUUCCAGAAGCGGAAGUGCUCAUGGGUCUGGCAAGUCGGGGAGGCACACCCCUGCAAGAUCUCGAUCUAAGGAGGAUUCAAGGCGUUCCAGGUCAAAAUCUAGAUCCAGGUCUGAAUCCAGAUCUAGAUCAAGGAGGAGUUCCCGUAGACACUACACAAGGUCACGCUCUCGUUCCCGCUCUCACAGGAGAUCCAGAAGUAGGUCAUACAGUCGGGAUUAUCGGCGACGACACAGUCACAGCCAUUCCCCCAUGUCUACUCGCAGGCGCCACAUUGGAAACAGGGCAAAUCCUGACCCAAACUGUUGUCUUGGUGUAUUUGGGUUGAGUCUGUACACCACGGAACGAGAUCUGAGAGAAGUCUUCUCCAAGUAUGGUCCAAUUGCUGAUGUUUCCAUUGUGUACGACCAGCAGUCGCGGCGUUCAAGAGGAUUUGCAUUUGUGUACUUUGAAAACGUUGAGGAUGCUAAGGAAGCAAAGGAACGUGCCAAUGGAAUGGAGCUGGAUGGAAGAAGAAUCCGGGUAGACUUCUCCAUUACAAAAAGACCUCACACACCUACCCCUGGAAUCUACAUGGGAAGACCAACUUAUGGCAGCUCUCGACGACGAGAUUACUAUGACAGAGGAUAUGAUAGAGGAUAUGAUGAUCGUGACUAUUACAGCAGAUCAUAUAGAGGAGGUGGUGGUGGCGGAGGAGGAGGAUGGAGAGCUGUUCAAGACAGGGAUCAGUUUUACAGGAGGAGAUCACCAUCCCCAUAUUACAGUCGAGGGGGCUACAGAUCUCGAUCCAGAUCUCGAUCCUAUUCACCUCGUCGCUAUUAAAGCAUGACAUGUAGAGGAAUUUCUAGCUACAGCCUUUGAGUUGAAAUUGCAAGUUUGUGGACAAUAUUUUUAUUGUCUCUUCUGUUUAAACAAGUGAACAGUGCCUAGUGAAUAGGUGACUUUUACACCUUUUAUGAAGACUACUUCUGUGAUGUUAAAUGCUGUUUCAUUCUGCAUAUUUGUGUAGUUUGGUGCUUUGUUUCAAGUUGUGUUUUGAAAGGAGUAUGUUUUGCAUGUAUUUUUUUAGUCUCAAUUUUGACUCCUGAAAGGUUUCUAUUGUAAAGACAAACUGUUCAGUUAGUUUUUUCUACUGAUUCCAAGGUAUUCUGAAGAUCAAAACCUGUGUAAAAUGCUUUCAAAAAGUGAAAAAUAAAAUAAAAAGAAGUUUGA